ACUGGCCGGCCGGGCUGGAUAGAUUCACAAACUCUUGUUGGUCCUGGCCACAAACCUGCAACCUUUUUGUCUGAAAUAAACGGGAGUACAUAUCGUCACAUUCAGAAGUUAGCAAUCCUACAGCUAGUUCGACCUCAGCAGGACAGUCGAGUUCUACACGUUGCUUUGAUCAAUCCCAAUGGCAGCAGAGUUGGUCGGUUCUGUAGUGGCCCAGGAGGCUGUUAACCAAAUCUUAUCAAGAAUCAAGGAGGGUUAUCAGGACAAGUCAGAUGCAAAGGAGCACAUAGAGAGGAUGGAGAUGGCACACAUCAAGCUGGAGGCCGCCCUUGAGACCUCCAACAAGUGGAACGUCACCAGCGCGCCACUGCUGCGUUGGCGGAGCAAGCUCAAGCGCGCCUCACAGGACUGCGACAACACUCUGCGCAGGUGUAGGCAGCGCUUGCAAGAAGAGGAAGAAGUACAGCAAGCGGUAAGGAGCUCCUCCUUUCCGAAGAGGAUGGCUCAUACUGCCAUGUCAUUUGUUUCGUCAAUCUUUAGUGGUGGUGAUGAUGAUCUACUGAAAGGAUCCACUGUCGCCCGGCGAUUCGAACGGUUUGCAGAAGGUGCGAGCGAAUUCUUGAGGUACGUAGAGCUUGGUGGCACACCAUGCAGAUACAUGUUUUUCGACCCUUUGAUACGCCAUCUUCUCACUGGUAAAGGAACAAAGUAUUGCCUUGUUACCAGGGGUCAACAUCUAUCACUGCUUCUACAGCCCUUUACUACACCAAAGCCUGGGAUGGAGGGUAACCUAAUAUUCUUACUUGAAGAUGCCAAUGCUCCAGAGAAUAAUUUCUUUCUUAGCCUCCAAUUACGGCUCUCUGAGAGUAUUGACAUAGUUGGUGUUGUGGUCAGAUGCCUGAACCUGUUCACACCUCACUUAAGCUCAACAACCGAAACUGUGAAAACAAAGCUCACCCAGGUACCAACACAAGACUUGUCCUGGGUGUCUGAUGCUUAUUCUGCUUUUGGCUGCUAUGCUGAAGAAAUGUACAACCUUCACACCGUCUAUUCAAAAUGGUUUCGACCCAACCCGCUUUGCUGCCAGCAACAAGAUCAUCAAUACGCCCAGCGCUACAAUGCUACAAGCUCGUCAUCUGAAUCAUUGCCAUGUGAUGUAUACAUGGAACCAGUUAUCCAAGUGUAUUUGUUGGGCCAUGUCACACUGUCUGCUGGGAACAAUAGCCCCAAGAGAGAAUUUCCUUAUAUGAAACUUGGAGCACAUUUCUGGCCCCAUGCACCAUGUGAAGAUUUGUUGCCUGCACUCGACGGUUCAGCAACAGAAAUGAUCAACGGGGUGGUCGUGCAAACUGGCAUGCAUGCAAAAGUUUCCUUUGAACAGCUAGGCGACAUUACGAUACCAAAGGCAGUAGAUUGCCUUCGCAGGGAUGUGGCAGCUACCUCAUAUGAGAUUAUGUGGAAGUCCAAGCAUGGCAGGGCAUACCUUCAGGUUGGGAAGACCACAUGGAGAGCAACCGCUCAAGAAGACCGAGGUAGGAAACACCAUAAACGAUUGACGGGCAAGAAGCUGCUAGGAUGGGCCAGUGCGAACAAUGAGUUCAUGUGCUCGUGGAUUAGACAUGCACCUGUCCAGUUGCAGAGCUUAGUGGUGCACUGGUUUCAGAAAGAAAUACAAUUGCCGCAACCUUUAUUAUUGAAAACUAAUUCCUGCUUCCAUUACUGUCCAAUCAUGCUGUUUUCAUUGAAAGAUAACAGGUCUUUGGUAAUAAGGACAAUCAAGUCGUCCAGCAAGUUCAAUGGUUGAAGAACUUUUAAUUCCUUGUACUUCAGCACCUUGAUGAACAAACUAUAGCUGAACCAUUGGUGUGUUUUGUAAAUGUAAGACUAUAUAGGGGCUUUCUGAAGAAUAUACUAGCUAUUUAUAGGGAUAAUGAGAUGACAAGAUUGAGAUGUGUCAUUGUAAUUGCAGUAUAUUGAGUUAUUGUCGCAUUGUCAACGUUGGUGAAGUUUUUUUAUUUGUCA